AUGGCCGAUGAAAAUCCGAAAAAUCGAGACCAAGGCAUGUCGUCGAACAGCGCUGUAGAUGGUGUGAAAUGGCAGGAUCUAAUGUCCACGAUCAUACUGGAUCGAUUGGAAGCGUCGUUCGGCAACUGGGACGAUGAAUUACCACACACGACGGGGCGAAUGACACAAAAUACCAAAACCGACUGUGAUGGACGUCCACAGCAGUGCACCAUCGUCGGGGGGGAAUCGUCUAGGAUGCCAUAUUUUGAUUCAGCGUGCCAUGACGACGAUACCGGUCUCGUGCACACGACUACCGACCAAGACUCAAUCGCGUGCACGUCGCUGUUGUAUGAUUGCUCUACCGAUGGAUUUCUCGAUGGAAACAACAGGUGUUGCAGAUGCGGUAUGAAACCUCAAUAUUCUCUAAGUUGUCUAACCAACAAUCCGAGUAGUAGAGAAUCUAUCUCAGAAAAAAUAAAAAAAAAUGAAACUGAAAACAUAAAACAACAAGUGGAGAUUUAUAGAAACCGAUUAGAGUGCUUGUUAAAAAUGAAUUAUCAACUGCAAUCCGAACUUAAGAAAACUAUUCGAAAAAAUUUAUUAAUGGAACAAUAUAUUACAUGGCCGUAUGCUGUAAACAAUGGGAAGGUUGAGUUUCCUGGCAAAAAUGAUUUGGACCAACGGUUCGAUCGUUUGUUCAAAGAGUUGGAAAAAAUACGAAACGAGCUGAAACCUAUUCAAAACGAAAGCUAUAUUGUCAGUAAAUUGGAAAAAAUACUGCACAUACCAUUACCGGGAUGUUUAAAUACUAAGUCUUGUAAUAAAUAUAUGAAUAAAAAAUAG